AUGGACGAUCUUGACAGAAAUAGACUCUUCUCUUCAACUGCCGUCAACUGCUCAGCACGAAAUCUGACAGAUUUCCCAACACACUUGCCCAGUACGACUACUGAACUAGUGCUGAGUUACAACAAAAUUUCAGAGAUAAAUAUGGAAGAAAUGAAAAGUAUUCCAUAUCUCAAAGAACUUUGGGUUGAAGAAAAUAACUUUUCUUUUAUCAGCGACGGAGUAUUUGAAAACAACUUCAUGUUAGAAUCACUAAAUGUGGGAGGUAACCACAUGGUUGAUCUUUCGCCCGGAAUAUUUCAAGGUCUGAGGAACCUGAUGAAGCUGUAUCUUCAUCGAAAUCGGAUUUUUCGAUUGAAAAAGAGAACGUUCCAGUAUUUAUUAUCGCUUAGUGAGCUUUAUUUGAACGGUAAUGAAAUUUUUAUGAUUGAAAAAGAAGCGUUCCAUGGUCUAAAUCAUUUGUCAUUACUUGACUUGUCAAAUAACAAGCUUAGAAAAAUCUCAGGGGAGAGUUUUGGGAGACUUGCAUCUCUGCAGAAAUUGAAUCUUGGCUACAACCAAGUUAACCGCAUUCAAUACAGAUCAUUCUUUAAUUUGACGAAUUUGAAAGCUUUUGUUAUCAACAACAACAACUUGACUACAGUUCCGAGAGCUUUAACCUUUCCGAGAGGGGUAGAACACCUUGAUCUCAGUGUAAAUCCCAUUGAGUUCAUUCCCAUGGAGGCUUUUGCACGACUGCACUUGUUAGAAAUCCUAAAUCUGAGUUUUUCGAAAGUAAGAGUGUUUCAUGGGAAUCACCUUAAGAAACUUCUGCCUCGUCUGAGGCUGUUUGUUCACCACAACCCAAUGGAUUGUACGUGUGACUUGCGAUGGCUAAAACAAUGGUUUGAAGAUGACAUAUUAAGAAGCAGUGAAAUACGCAGCUUGCCCCAUGUUAAGUGUGAAUAUCCUAAGUCGUUGACCGGAAAAUCUAUCAUGACCGUAAACAUCGCAGACAUGGAUUGUUCAUGUGAAUAUUGCCAAAAGUCCUCGGAGUGUUCUUCUGGUAGGAAUACAUGCAAUUGUAAUGAUGAUAGUCGGGCAGGGCACCUGGACACCUGUCGAUCUAUCGUCGCCAGUAGCAAUGCGUCAUCCGAACUAAUGUGUAGUUUUUCUCAAGGGAAAUGCUUUUGCUCCAACAUGUCUGAGGUUUGUGAAAACAAUGCUUACCUGACAUAUGCAAACUGUUAUUCACCUGAUUGUGUGUGCAAACCCGGUUACUACGGCAACGGAUUUCUUAACUGUACAGAUGUUGACGAGUGCCACCGAGAACAUAAUCUAUGCCAUAAGAACGCUUACUGUAUAAACACUGAAGGCUCGUAUCAAUGCGUUUGUCGUAAUGGUUACCAAGGUAACGGAACUGUAUGUGAUUCCAUGAAACAUAAAACAGUAGUUGCCAUAGUAACUACCUCGGUGUCCAUGGUGAUAUUUGUUGUUCUCAUUAGCACGCUAGUAUUUUGUAUUUUUCCCAAACUACGUGCGAUUCCCCGAGAAGAAAGGGAAUAUCCUCCAACUGGCAGAAAGAAAAAGAAGAAACAGUCUACCAAGAGAUAUGUUGACCUGUAUAAAAUUCGCCAACUGAGCUUUACUAAUUCUGUUUUCAGACAAGGUAAGACUUUCACAAGAUUGUAAAGAAAACGUAUCAGAUUCCGUUACCAUUUGCAAUUCGGUUUUGCUUCUGAAUCUGAAAUUGAAGAGCUUCAAAACAGUACAUUUGGCAGGUUAGUGUAAAUUCCCUCGAUUUCGGUGCUUGAAAUAUGGUUAUUAAGAGUAGGGGACGUCGUCUUCGGUAUGGUAGUCAUCUCAAAUUCACACUCACAUAUGGUAAGGAGGUAUCAUCCCUUUCGUUACUUGUAAACUGAGCCAUAAGCAGUGCGGAAAAAGUCCCCUAAAGGGUAUUGUAAGUUAUCCCUGAAAAGCCGUGAGGAAUUGCCCUGAGGGGAGCGGAUGAUAAGAUGUUUAAAAUGUACAAUUUCCAAUUACAAGAAUUGUUUAGAAGUCAAAUCACCAGACAUUUGAAUAUUAACUUUUCAGAACUGGAGUCAACGGUCCAUGGAGAUGAAUGGGAAAUCCCCCGAAAGAAACUGCGCCUGAUCAGAGCCAUCGGAGAAGGAGCUUUUGGGGUGGUGAUGGAAGGAACUUUAGAUACAGGUAUGGACCAUACGAAACAGCACUGUCAAUAA